AUGUUAUCUUGGGGGAUAAGAGAAAGUAGAGAAAUAUCUUUACAAAAAGGAUACAUAAAUAUUCAGAAAAUAGCAGAUAAUUUACAUUUAUCAAAUCAACAUAUAGAAGCUGCACAGAGAAUAUAUUUGAUGGCAUUACAACGUAAUUUUACAAUGGGAAGGAAUAAUUCAUAUGUUGCUGCUUCUUGUUUAUAUACAAUUUGUAGAAGAGAAAAAUCGCCUAUAAUGUUAAUUGAUUUUAGUGAUAUAUUACAAACACCUGUAAAACCUUUGGGUAAAACAUUUUUAAAACUGUUAAGACUUUUACAUAUUAGUGUACCAAAUAUUGAUCCAUCACUAUUUUUAGAAAGAUUUGCAUAUAAACUUAAUUUAAAAAAUGAUAUAUAUAAGGUAACAUAUACUGGAAUUAAAUUAAUACAAGCCAUGACACGAGAUUGGAUAAGUACUGGUAGGAGACCAACAGGUUUAUGUGGUGCUUCUUUGUUAAUAGCAACAAGAAUACAUGGUAUAAAUGUUAAUUCAAAUACGAUAGCUGAAGUUGUUAGAAUAUCUAACCCUACUAUUAUUAAACGUUUAUAUGAAUUUAAAAAUACUAAUAUUGCUAAAAUAAAAGCAAGUGAGUUUGAUAAAAUAUCUAUUGAGGAUAUACCAUCAAGUUCAAUUCCACCUUGUGUUAUUUCUGAUAAUAAAAAAAAAAAUAAAUAUAAUCUUUUACAAAAAAAUAAAACAUUAUCAUUAUGUGGUAGUGAAGAACAAUAUGCAUUAUGUUCCAAUUCUACAUGUUCUGUAGAAAAUUAUGAAAAAAAUAAAGAAUUACAAAAUGAUAAUAUUUCAUCUUAUUCUGAUAAUAAUAGCACAAAAUAUAUAAGAGAUCAAGAUUCGAAUCAAAAUAAAUUUUUUAAUUCUACUCAAAAUAGUAUUAUUAACUCAUCAAAUGAAGUCGAAUGUUGUAUUUCAACUAUCACACCUUCUUCUUCUUCUAUUUUUGAUAAUAAAGAAAAAUAUCAAGACGAUAACAUAAAUAAAAAUAAUCAAAUUGAACAACACAUUCGAUCAUCAAGUAAUGAAAUAAAUUUAGAUGAAAUUUGUAAUGAUAAUCCUGAGGGAGAUGAUAUAGAUAAUUUAGCCUUUAAAAUUAUUAACACUAUUAAUAUUGAAAAAAAUUCAGAAUUUUUAAAAAUAAGUGAUAAGUCUUUAUUAAACGAAUUAGGUUCUAUUAAAAAUAAUCAAAAUAAAUAUGAUACUUCUAAUAAAGAAAAUGAUAAAUUGAACUCACAAAAUCAAGAUAUACAAAAUAAUACCCAAAAUGUAUCUCCUAUUUUAGAUCAAAAUAUAAUGAUAGGCUCUUCCAAAUUACAAUCAACCAAUUUAAUAAAUCACGAAACUUCUAUUAGUACUAUUACUGAUGAUGAUGAUAAUGAUAAUAAUGGGGAUGAAAUAAAAGAGAGGAAUGAAGAAAAGUAUAAAAAUUCCAAUGAGUUAAAACAAAAUAACAAAUCAGUAGACAAUAGUACAUAUUGUACAACCUUAAAACAAACUGUUAAUAGCGAAUUGAGUAAUGUUAUAAAUGAAGAGUUUAAUUUAUUUGAUAAUUGUAAUAAUAAUAAUACAGUUAGUAAAAAUUCAAGUAAUACCACAUCAGGCUUAAAUAGAAUAAAUGACGUUAAUAAUAUAUUAACCGAUUUGAAUUAUUUUUUUGAAAAUAAUUCAAAUACAAUUAAUGAUCAAACAGCUAAUUUUGAUGAAAAUUCAGAUGAUUCUGAACAACUAAACGAUGAAACUAUAAGUGAUAGUUAUGACAGUGAAAUUGAAAAUAUUAUUUUAUCAGAAAAAGAAAGGAAAAUUAAAAUGUUAAUUUGGGAUGAUGUGAUGAAAGGUUGUAUGCCAAAUUUAUCCAAAAAUAUUAAAAAGCCAAAAAAAAGACAAAAUACUGAUAUUAAUAACUCAAAAAAUAAAAUACCAAAUAAUAAAAAUAAUGUUGAUGAUCCUCAAGAUCAGUUAUCAACGGGAGAUUCCGUGAUAAAGGCUUUGGAAAAAUCCAAUAAACUUUUGCCUAAAAAAAUUAAUUAUGACGUAUUGAAAUCACUUUUUUCAUCAUAA